GAGGCCACUCCCAAGUCCAUCCUGCAGCCUGCUCCCACUGUCACUUGGGGCCCAGCAGCCACUGUUCUCUCUGCUUGCCCCUGUGUCACCCCUGGCUUGGAAACCCGCUCACUCAUGUCAUUUUUCUCCAGUUUCUGUUCAUACAAGCCCUUGUUGUGCAAUCCAAUGGAAGAUUUUAUUACAAAUCUUCUGUUUGGGAACAGAAGAGUAUAACAAUUUAAGAGUGAAUAUUAGAACUGUCCUACAGAGGCACUGGUCACUUUCCACUGUGGAGCCUUCCUAAUGGUGCUCCCCAUCUAAAAACAAGACUCUCAAAAUUCUAUCUCCAUGUUGUGAAUUAAGCCCAUGUUGCCUGUUUGAUAUAAAAACAACCGCAUGGGGUCGGAGGGUAAGAGGGGAGAGGUAACCAACCAAAAACCUUGUAUGUAUAUAUGCAUAACCAUGUGCACGGACAAUUAGGUGCUGAAGGCCUGGGGGGAGGGGCAGGGGUGGACUGGAGGGAGUUAAUGAGUGAAAAAAAGGGGACAUACGUAAUACUUUCAACAAUAAAGAUUUCUUUUAAAAAAAGACACAACUUUGCCCUAACCGGUUUGGCUCAGUGGAUAGAGCAUUGGCCUGCAGACUCAAGGGUCCCGGGUUUGAUUCUGGUCAAGGGCAUGUACUUUGGUUGCGGGCACAUUCCCAGUGGGGAGUGUGCAGGAGGCAGCUGAUCGAUGUUUCUCUGUCAUCGAUGUUUCUAACUCUCUAUCCCUCUCCCUUCAUCUCUGUAAAAAAUCAAUGAAAUAUAUAUUUUUAAAAAAAGACACAACUUUAAAAAACAAUAGAAAAAAGAAACCUGCAUGGAAGACAUCUGUAAUACUGUCAACAAUAAAAUAAAAAGUUUUAAAAACUGCUGUCAGUUAUUGCUUUAAAUGGCCUUUCCCCUCCUACUGAAUGUUUGAUGAUAUUAAAAAAAAAGAAAGCAGUGAUUGCAUCUUCCAUUUCUAGAGUGCCAAGUCCGUCCAAAUCAUAUUCUAACCCUCACAAAUCCCCUGAGAAGUCAUAGGGCGUAUCCCUCCCAUACUGCAGACAAGAACACUGAGGCUCACAGAAGGUUCAGUGACUGGCCUGAGGUCUCCCAGCUGCUAAUCAGCAGGGCUUGACCGUGAACCGGUGCCGCCUCCUCCCUAAGCAGACCUAUCCUCACAAACGUGGUAGGUAACUGCCCCCGCCGCCCCAGGAUGCCUUUCACUCAUGCCUCAUUCCUCCACCUCCGUUCUCCCCAGGAAUCCACGGCAAUGGAUUGGUGGAGGGACAAUUUCUGGAUCAUCUUAGCUGUGGCCAUCAUCAUCGUCUCCGUGGUCCUGGGCCUCAUCCUGUUCUGUAUCUGUAGGCGGCUGCUCAGACAAGGAGGGAAAUUGGACAUUGCUAGACCCUUGAAUCAAAGGCUUAACGAUGAAGAAAUGAUGUAUGAGAAUGUUCUCGAUCAAUCGCCAGGUCAAUUGCCCCCUCUGCCACCCAGGGGUUUGCUUUCUCAACAUGAUGCCUCCCCACAGGAAACCCGGAGCGAGCCGCCACCGACAUACUCAUUGGUAAAUAAAGACAGAAAUGUGAAGACAGUUUCCAUCCCGAGCUAUAUUGAGCCUGAAGGUGACUAUGAUGACGUUGAAAUGCCUGCCGCUCUGGAGAGCCAUCAUUUUGAAACAACCGUUUCUUCUUUUUGGCAAGCUGAAGAGAGUUCACGCAGCUUAUUUUAAGACCGUCAGGAAUGGUUGAACGUCUGUGUGGUCGGUCCCGGAUGCAGUGGUAACGUUGUACAGCUCUGUAAGAUAAACACUCUCUGAACCCGAGCGAUGAAGCAAUGUUCCCGAUCAUAUGACUGCAGCCAGAGAAAGAAUGCGGCUGCUCAGCCCUGAAGACUGAGUCGGGCCCUGAGCUUCUGUUGAGUGAAUGUCCAUGGGAAGGACUGCUGGGCUUCAUGGCUCUCACGGGGAGGGGGAACCGCUCUGUUCUUGGCCCCCUUCCCUCUUUCCUUCCCUUCUUGGCUUGGGUCUAAGUGAUCUUCAAGCUUGGUGUUGACUGUGCAGAGCCUCCCAAGUUCCCAUCCCCAGCACCACCGCUAGGAGCACAAGGUCUCCUCUCUACCGGCCCCACCCACCUCCCGUGAGAGCGUCUGUGGUGGUAGUUGGGGCUGAGCGCUCUUGUGUGCAACACCGCGUCAGCCUUGCGAGUUCUUCAAGGGUGGCCAGUGCUUUCUGUUCUUGUGAACCCUCCCCACCUACACACACCUCAAACCCCAGUGUCUCUCUAUGACGUUACCAGACUGACCAUAGACACCCAAGUUCUCACCCAGGUUUUUUCCUGUGCUUCCCAGUUGCACCAGAACAAUCAGCAAAGGACAGACGUUACACCACUGGCCUAAAUGAAGGUGUCAUUUUGCCAUGUGUAUAGUGGGCUACAGGAAUGGUAGGCUUCCCAGGAAAAAUCAUGGGGAACAGGAAAGAAAGGGGGUGAUUAAAUGGCAGAUUCAAGAUGAGAGUUCGGGCUUAAGGCCCUCCUCCAGAGCUGUCAUUAUGGCUUCCUCCCCAUAUGAAGUUCGGUGCAAACAGCGCCAAGCCCCUUCCCUCCAGAUCACUGUCCCUGAGCGUCUGGGAGGCAGCACCUGCAGUGUGACGUGCUGCGGCUAAGGAGGGGCCAGGGGAGUGUCCUGCUAAAUGAGUGCCCUAGUGUGGUCCCUGAGCCUUAAGUCAGCUUUGUAGGUCCCUGUACCCCAUCAGUUAUUUCGAGUUGAUCCACUAGAGCUCUAGGACUUGACACUUUCUAACCAGACUCACAAGACGCCAAUUUCUAAGCAAUCCAUGGGAAAUACAGCGAAUGAGCAGACUUGCAGGGAGAGCAGUUGACCUCAGAAAAGCCUUGGGAGUGACUGUUGGAUGAGCUCCUCCUCAGGAGAUGUCAAGUGUGUUCCUGUUGUAUUAAGCUUCCUCCCUCAGCCAGUGCUGGACCAGCCAGAACACAUCUUCCUCCCAGGUUAACCUCUUUGUAGACUCCAUGGAGGCUCCGGCUGCCUGUCAGUACCUCCUUAUUUCAGACCAGUGGUUCUUUCACUGUGGCCUUCUAGAAUUGUGGUAUUCAACGCACUGAAGAGAGGACUCUUCUCAAAUUAGAGAACGUAGGUUAGCAGGCGGAAGCUUUACAUGUGUAUUACAUGUAUGCUUUCCUCUCAUGCAUGUUCUGUAAGCCAUCCACAUCCAUCUCAACCCCUGCCCUCAUCUUGCUCCAAACACUCAUGAACAACCUCACUGAUGCCCAUGAGCUCAGUACCCCCUCUAUUCUGACGAGUUCCAAGUCACAGACUUUAGCUGAGCUCUCUCUCCUCAAUUCCAGACUGAGUGGCUUCCAGGAUAUCUCCACAUGACUCUCCCCUGUCCCCUCAAGUUCAACAUAUAUAAGAAAGAACGAAUUACCUACCCCGAUUCCAAGGCCCCUGUGCUCUGCCGGCUUCUUCGUUGCUGAAGUCAGAAGCUAGCACGCUAUCUGGAGUCCUUUUUCACCAUGUCCCCACCUCCUGCUGAUUGCACCUCUCAAAGAGCUCUCCAGUCAGUCCACAUGUCUCUGUCACCGUGCCUAGGUCAGGUGUGACCAGCACAUGCCAAGGGAAUUCCAAUAGCCUCCCAGCUGGUCUCCUGCUUCUGGCAUCUCACCCCCAACCCCCUUUCUACAUGGCAGCUUAUAAUUUUCUAAAAUGAACAUCUGACCACUUAAUUCAUUUGCUUACAUCUCUUCUUUACCCAUUAUCCUCAUAAAAAGCUCCAAAUCCUUAAUAUUGAUUACAAGAUUUGUCAACUUCAGGUCAUUGGUUAUCUCUUGCCAACCCUCUCCUUCCCCACCCCCUUGCAACCUCCACUCUGCAUAAAUUUUUGUUCUGGCGAUUUAAAUUGACCUCGUCUGUGGUCUCUCUUGCCCUUAUGGCUAUGCACAGCACCCUCUCCUCUGUCUGGAUCUCCCCCACCUUCUGAUCCUUCCCAUUGCUACUUCGAUCCUUUCCUCACCACCCCAAGUUGGGGUCUGGUGCCCUCUUAGAUGCUCUCCUCUCAUAGCAUCAGCAUGCGGUACUGACCUGUCUGCCUGUCUCUCUCCUCCACUGGACUGAGAGCAAUAUGAGGACAGAGGCUGAAUCUCUCUUCCCCACAUUGUUCUUUCUGUUCCUAUUUAAUGUCUAGGCACUUUGUAGAUGCUCAAUAAAGACGUUGAAUAAAUAUCAACUGAAUGAAUGAAUAAACUCCUCUGGGAUCUCACCACUCCCCGUACUUGGCCCUAUGAAAAUACCUCUGCAUUAUAAUUGCCUGGUUACAUUUCCAUUCUCCUUUUUAAAUCUGGGUCUCCUAUGGGGUGGAACUUGUCUGGCUCACUGUUAUAUCCCCCGUCUCCAGCACAAACCCUGGCACAUGGUAGGCACUUCAUAAUGUUGAACAUUAAUAGAAACUCUAUCAGUUGGACAAAAACAAGCAACAUGUGUAAUUUGGUUGAGAUUUUAUACAUGCAAUAAAGCCACAUUUUUUUGCCAACAAAGUUGUUACUAGUUUGGAUGAUAGAAUUAAAUAUAUCAGGAUUUCACAGGACCUACCGUCUGUGUACUUUAAACCCCACAGGAAACCAUAAGUCAGCCACCAGCUACAUAUAUACAGUAAUAAAAGUAUAAUAUGCUAAUUAGACCAGACGACCUUCCAGAUGAAGCCGGGGCUGCGAGGGAAGCUCAGGUCCCGGGUGCCUGCUGGUGGCCAGAGGGAGGCCGGUGCCAGCAGUCGGGGGAAGGAAGGCCUACUCUUGCACAAAUUUUGUGCAUUGGGCCUCCAGUUCAUAGAUAAAGUUAGAAAUGAGAAGAUAAAAUGGUGAUAGAAGGAGACUUGACUUGGGGUGUUGAACACACAAUACAGUAGUGAUGAUGUGUCAUGAAAUUGUGCACCUGAAACCUGUAUGAUUUUGUUAACCAGUGUCACCCCAGUAAAUUCAAUAAAAAGGAAAAAGAAAUUUAAGAUGUUCCAUCCUGAGCUCUAUGGAGCCUGAAGAUGACUAUGAUGAUGUUGAAAUUACUAUAAAUAUUAAAAACCAUAAUCUUAAAACAACUCCUGGUCAGCCACUAUGGAUUCCACUCUUUUCAGCAAAAGCCUGAGAUUUUUCUGUUGGGUCCACUUCUUUCUCUUGUCUCCAUUGGUGCAAUUUGUGUAGAUCCUCACCCAACUCAGGGGUAGAGCACAUGAUCCAGGCUAACCAAUGGAAGAUUCCCAUUCCCUUGGCCAUAGUGACUGAUCAGUUGAUUCCUUGAGUACCAGGGCAGGUGUUCUUUUUCAUGGGACUUGAAGCUAGACACUCUCAACGGAGAACCUGUCACAGACAGCACUGAGCUGAGAUAAGAAGAGAGUUCAGCCCUAGCUUGUUUGGCUCGGUGGAUAGAGCGUUGGCCUGUGGACUGAAGGGUUCCCAGUUAGAGUCUGGUCAAGGGCACAUGCCCAGGUUGUGGGCUCGAUCCCCAGGAGGGGCCAUGCAGGAGGCAGCUGAUCAAUGAUUCUCUGCCAUCAUUG